UUCUUCAAAUUUUCUUGAUUUUUCACAAAAAUCUCAAUCGACAUGUCUUCCUCAAGCGAUUCUGAUUCAGAUGAGAAUACAAAAAUGUUGAUGGCAUCCAUUGACACGAGCUUUUUAUCUGAAAAUUUCUACAAAGAAUCCGAUGGUAAAGAUAAAAAUGAACAAACUCGUGGAGAAAAACCGGAACUUCCAAAAUCAAACCGCUACAUCGAGAAUAACGAGGAAGUUCUUUGGAAAAGUGACAUAAAUAUAACAGAAUCCAUGAAAAAAUAUUGUGGACAAAAAUUCAGUGAAAUGGUCUCCAAAAUGGUCGAGUUCGUUGAUGUCGAAGAAAAUGUCGCGAAAAAAUCGAAAAAACGUAAAAAUGAAGGAGGAGUUCGUUUGUUGAAAGGAGCUCCAAUAAUCGAUUUAAACAAAGAUUCGUUGCCUGAUUUGCCGGAAAUGCUAAAUAAACCCUUGGACGUUAAAAGACGACAAAUUGAAAAAGAUUCUUUAAGUGAAACGGAUAAAAUUAAAGAAGCCACAAUUUCUUCAGAUGUAAUUUUGUCCGAAAAAACUACGAAACAUUUUAAAAAUCGUCAAAAGCCAAAAGUUUAUGAGUACAAAACAAAGAAAGGAGUGUCUUAUUUGAAGGAACCUGAUAACGAAUUUACUGCUUUGCGCAAGAAAAAUAACUGGAGUGAAUCGAAAAUCAAAGAAACGCAUGAAAAAAUAAAAAAAAGUUAA